UUUGUCUCGUAUUAGGCUCGUCAUUACGCAUUCCACCAGCAGCCUAUGUUCCACAAACAGUCGCUGAACGUGGUGGUAAAUUGGCUAUCGGUAAUUUACAAUUGACUCCAAUGGCUUCAUUGGCUCAAUUAAAUAUUCAUGCUCUGUGCGAUGAUCUUAUGCGAGGUUUGAUGGCCAAAUUAGACAUUCCCAUACCUGAAUGGGAACUUCAUCGACGAGUACGUAUCACCAUUCAAAAACAAAAAAUUAAGAUCAUGGGUCUUGAUGUCGAUCAAGACAUUCCAUAUACACUUUUUUCGAGAGUGAGAAUAUUCGUUCGACAAGGAACUCUGUUCAAAUACGAAUCCAAACAGCUCACAGGUCGAGAAUUUAUCGAACACAAAAUACCGGUGAACGAUAGUACUGGUAAAAUGGACGUUUAUAUUGAAUUGCAUUGGCAAGGCAAUUACAAUGAACCGAUGUAUACGCUUCGAAUGCAAUUGACUGAUUCGACAAGAGAAGUACAUCUUUUUUACAAUCCAAAAGUUCGCAUGUGGCGUGAGCAAUAGAGUGCUUCAAGUAGAAAAUCUAAAGAACAGUUUUCGUAAAUAUUUUACUUUUGUACUUCGAACAUGAAAUGAUUUCACUACUAUCUAACGCCUUAAGAGCGACCUUAGAAAGUUAUAUCUUGAUAUAGGUUUUUUUGAGAACAAAAAGUAUAUGAAUCAUGCUUCAUCUAUGCAAUUGUGUGGCAGGUGUUCCAUAGGCUGAAAGACUAGACUCUGGAAUCGUGAAUUAAAACCAUAAAUGUCUGUCUGUCAGUCUGAAACAGAUUUUUAAAACCAGCAUGUAUCGGACGGAUGUCAGAUUAGAGUGGAUUUUGGGACCGAAUCAGAAAUAGUUUUUCAGACCAGGUUGGAACUGAUUCUUGGGCAAAAUCGGAGAUGGUUUUUCGGACCAUAUCAAAGCUGAGUUUCAGACAAGAUUAGAUCUGAUUUUCGAACCAAAUUAGGGACCCAGGUCGAGCAAUCACAUAGCAAGAUCAGCUAUGGGUUCAUACAUGACCAUAUCUGAUCUGACGUUAGAAUCAUAUAUGUUCAUGUAGGAUCAUACAAAAAAUCCUACAAAAAAUAGUAGUCUCUGCGAUCUGAUAUCAAUUUAUAUGGUAAGAUUCUUGUAAGACCCCACAAUAGGAUCAGAUUCGAUUUAAUAGAAUCGUAUACCAAGAUCAUACCGGAUUGACGUAUGCUUGUAUAACUGCGAUGCGUUUUAAUGUUACAACAUCAAAUACAAAUUAAAAUUCAUUUGCUAUAUGAUAGAAAUUUUUUAUUUUUUAACUAAAUCAAAGAGUAUAAGGCUUCACAUCAGUGAUAAACAGUAAAUAAAAAAAAUAUCCUAAAACCACAUAGAGAAGAUAUAAUCGAAUAGAAGAAAUAUAACAGAAGAUAGAGCAGCCAUAAUAAUAAAAGAGAACUAAGUUCUCUCAUUCACAAAUCUUCUCAUGAGCACACAACAUAAACAAAAAAAGAAAUAUGAUAAGUAAACGAAAGAAAGGAAGACGAAUGGCAUAUAAAUCGAAAAUAAAAACUAAAUUAAUCGCGUGUGGCUGCCGAAAAGCAUAUUCGAAAAAACCACCUAGAACCAUCCACGAUAAUAAAAAUAUACAUUUCAGCAUGUAGAAGUAAAAAAAUUAUUAACAUACCGAAACUUUUAGUCCCACUUACCAACACUUUUAAUCACAAAAAUCACUUCUUAAAUAUCGUUAUCAUAAUCACCAGCAGCCAUACCAUUCACCGCCCGCCUUUGUUCCCGACGAACAUCGCAUAACAUUUUGAGCAACAGUUCUUCGAAGACACGUUCGAAAAAAGUCAUCGAAUCGGUCAUGAUCAAUUCGGAAUACCGCACAAAAAGCGUCUAGAAAAAGAAAUCAAAAAGUUCAAUAGUGAAUAUAGGAAAAAAAAUUUAAAUUCAAAAAGAAAUUAAACAAAACAAAAUGUUUGCUGGUCAUCUAUAUUCCUCAUAUGAAAAAAAAAAGAAUUUAAGUUCUACACGAACUUAUACAAAACACAAUGUUUAAUAGCCAUCGAUAUUGUAAAUAUAGAAAAAAAAAACAAUCUAGAUUCUAAAGGAAGUUAAGGAAACACAUUGAAUAGUCUAGGGUGUGGGUGUGGGUGUGUGGGUGUGGGUGUGUGGGUGUGGGUGUGUGGGUGUGGGUGUGUGGGUGUGGGUGUGUGGGUGUGGGUGGGUGGGUGUGGGUGUGUGGGU